UUUUGUCUUAACUAAUGGUGCAACAUUAUCUUUCAGCUGGGAAUAAUGAUGGGAAAUUCAGUGUUGGAUUCAGGGACGGCAUUGUAAGGACUGUGGUGAACCUUGACCGAGAAACCCAGGUCUCUUAUAUACUUAUUUUAGAGGCUAUAGACAAUGGGCCAGCAGGCAGCAGAAGGACUGGAACAGCAACUGUGUACAUCAGAGUGCUUGACGUGAAUGAUAAUCGACCCAUCUUCUUGCAGAACACUUAUGAGGCCAGCGUCCCAGAAAACAUAACAAUGUCCACCAGUAUUUUGCAGGUUGAAGCUACUGAUGCAGACGAGGGAGACAAUGGGAAUGUUUGGUAUAGAAUCCUCUCAGGAAACGCCAAUGAUAACUUCCAGAUUAAUGAAAAUGCUGGGCUGAUUUCCAGAGGUUCCCGACCCUUGGACAGAGAGACCAGUAACACUCACGUACUGGAGGUGGAGGCAUAUAAUAAUGACUUUGGAAGAAUGAGGAGCUCCGUCAGAGUUAUUCUCUAUGUGGAAGAUGUGAACGACGAGAGCCCUGUGUUUACUCAGCAACAGUACAGUCGGCUUGGACUGAGGGAAACGGCAGGCAUAGGAACCUCAGUGAACGUUGUUAGGGCAACAGACAAAGAUACAGGCGAUGGAGGCAUAGUGGCCUACAGGAUUUUGGCUGGAUCGGAGAGGAAAUUUGCCAUUGAUGAAAGUACAGGCCUUAUAACUACAAUAGACUAUCUUGAUUAUGAAACCAGGACCAAUUAUCUCAUGAAUAUUUCUGCCACAGAUCAGGCCGCACCUUUCAACAGAGGCUAUUGCACUGUAUAUAUCACCUUGAUGAAUGAGUUGGAUGAGCCCGUACAGUUUACAAAUGCAACAUAUGAAGUUACACUAAUGGAAAAUAUAGCCACUGGGACUGAUGUGAUACAAAUCCAUGCCCAAUCUGCUGACAUUAUGAAUCAGAUUACCUACAGGUUUGAUCCUGACACUUCUGCCCUAGCUUUGUCUUUAUUUCAGAUCAACAGAGUCACUGGUAUAAUAACCGUGAGAGGACAGGUGGACCGGGAAAGAGGAGAUUUCUAUCUAAUUACUGUCAUAGCAGACAAUGGGGGACCCAGGAAGGACUCAACAGUGAAGGUAACCAUUGCUAUUCUGGAUGAGAAUGACAACAGUCCAGUGUUUGAUGUUACCUCAGAUUCCUCAGUGGAAGUAGAAGAGGAUGCUGCCAUAGGAAAACGGGUAGCUGUUCUCCUUGCCUAUGAUCUGGAUGCAAAGAACAAUGGACUGGUUAACUAUAGCAUUCUGGCUGGAAAUACCAAUGGAGCAUUUAGGAUCCGUACCACAAACAAUAGUCGUGGCGAGGUGUACAUUGCUAAGCUACUGGACAGAGAAUGGAUUAGUAGAUACGUGUUAACUAUUCAAGCACAUGAUAAUGGUUUCCAGCCGCAGAGGACGAAUCACACCCUGAUUAUUACAAUUGGCGACGUCAACGACAACGCUCCCAUUAUUGCCUUUCCUGCGAGCUACAAUAUCAGCAUUUGUGAAAAUGUUGGUGGAGGCACUGCAGUCACCCGAGUCAGGGCAACAGAUAAGGACACUGGUAUUAAUGCUGUCCUGUACUACUACAUCACCCAAGGGAAUGAGGAUCUCACCUUCCGAAUUGAUCGGGUGACUGGAGAGAUUGUCACCCGUCCUUCUCCACCUGACCGUGAGAGGCAGGGCUUUUAUCAGCUGACAGUCACGGUGGAAGAUGAUGGCACCCCUUCGCUCUCGGUAACAACCAUGGUUUUUAUAACCAUUUUGGAUGAGAAUGACAACUACCCUGUAUUUCGGCAACAGCUAUAUGAAAUCACUUUGGACGAAGGGCCAUUAACCUUAUAUUCAUUCAAUAUAACGGUGAAUGCAACAGAUCAAGAUGAAGGCCUAAAUGGGACCAUUAGCUACAGCAUUUUGGAAGGGAAUAUUGGUAACACAUUUGUUAUUCACAACACCACAGGCCUGAUCAAGGCAAUAAAAGAAUUGGACUACGAGAUAAGCCACGGACGCUACACUCUGAUUGUCGCAGCCAUAGACCAGUGCGCAGAUCGAGAGCGACGCCUCACAUCCACAACCACAGUGAUUGUCAAUGUGAAUGAUAUCAACGACGUGACGCCAACCUUUGCUCGUUCAUAUGAAGGCCCAUUUGACAUCACUGAGGGCCAACCAGGUCCAAGGGUGUGGACAUUCAUCGCAGCAGAUAAAGAUGCAGGCCCAAAUGGGCAAGUGGAAUACAGUGUCAUAGCAGGGGAUCCUCUCAAUGAGUUUAUCAUUUCUCCAGUGGAUGGGGAGCUUCGUGUGAAAAGAGAUGCUGAGUUGGAUCGAGAGACUCUUUCAUUUUAUAACAUAACUAUUAUGGGCAAAGACAGAGGAACACCAUCACUGAGCAGUACGGUACUUGUUGGAGUGCGAGUACUAGAUAUAAACGAUAAUGAUCCAGUGCUUCAGAACCUCCCGUUGAACUGCAUCGUCAGUGAAAAUACAACUGUGUCCACGUCCAUCGCUAGAGUGCUGGCAACAGAUGCAGACAGCGGCCGGAAUGCUCUGCUGACAUUCAGUGUCACAGCUGGAAAUGCAGAGAAUGUCUUCUUUAUCAAUGAAACGAGCGGUAGCGUCUAUGUUAAUAGACCAUUGGACAGGGAGCGGACAGAAGAAUAUAGGCUCACGAUCACUGUGAAGGACAACCCAGAGAACCCAAGACACGCUCGGAGAGACUCCGAUUUUUUGAUUAUCUCCAUCUCAGAUGAAAAUGACAACAGGCCCAUAUUUACUCAAAACACAUAUCAAGCUGAAAUUCUUGAAAAUUCUCGAGCAGGUACACAAAUUACCUUGGUGAAUGGACCGAUUAUGGCUCACGAUAGGGACGAAGGCCCAAAUGGUGUGGUGAGCUACCAAUUGCUGGGUAACAGGACUGAUUUCUUCACCAUCGACAGAACAAGCGGUACGGUUUCUGUGCGACCAGGAAAGAUCAUCGACCGGGAAGCAUUGACCAGUGCACGGCUGGUGUUCACAUUGAUAGCAGAAGAUGUCGGCCAGUUGAAGAGUGCAGCUAGACUUGUUAUAACAGUUUUAGAUGAAAAUGACAACAUACCGGUAUUUAGUCCUCCCACGCUGACAGUCAGUCUUCCAGAGAACAGCCCAUCAGGUUUUAGUGUCGUCCAGGUAAAAGCGACAGAUGCAGAUAUUGGUUCCAACCAACAACUGAACUACCGUAUAGAGGGAGGAGCCCAAGAUAAGUUUAUCAUUGACCUCCUCACUGGAGUUAUCAAAGUGGCCAAUGGAGUAACAGUAGACCGAGAGGAAAGGGAGUCAUAUACACUUAUUGUUAUAGCGAUGGACCGUGGGAUCCCAUCAUUGUCAGCAAGUGCCACCGUGAAUAUUAUAAUUGAUGAUGUCAACGACUACAGACCUGACUUUAUAAACCCUAUCCAGACUGUUAGUGUCAGUGAAUCAGCUGCAAUUGGUACCAUCAUAGCAAAUGUUACAGCUAUUGAUCAGGACCUCCGACCCCGACUGGAAUAUUACAUCAUUGAGCUUGUUGCUAAGGACGACACUGAUGCAGUAAUACAAGACCAGCAAAGGGCAUUUGGAAUCAAUUUUGAAACAGGAGCUGUGUUUGUAAGAAGCUCUUUGAACCGGGAGAUGGUCUCUACUUAUGAAAUAACUAUCUCGGUGCACGACAAUGCUAGUGAUGUGAUUGAUCAUUCUGUCAGUGUUCCCAAUGCUAAGCUCACAGUGAAUGUUCAGGAUGUCAAUGAUAAUGCUCCCCGGUUCAGACCAUUUGGGGUGAAAGCUUUCACCGAACGAAUACUAGAAGGGGCAACGGCUGGGACAACACUCAUCUCUGUAACAGCAGUAGAUUCUGACAGGGGGCUCAAUGGGCGCAUCAUCUACGAGCUGCUAAACCUUCCAACUGGGGGUUACAUCCGACUCGAGGAUCCUGCAGCAGGGAAAAUAGUUGCAAACAGGACAGUGGAUUAUGAAGAGGUCCACUGGCUGAAUUUCACAGUUCGAGCUGUGGAUCAUGGAAUGCCACCUCGAUCCGUGCAGGUUCCUGUCAACUUACAGAUUGUGGACAUCAAUGAUAACAACCCUGUCUUUGUGCAGUCCUCCUACCAGAAGCCUGUGUUUGAAGAUGUCUCCUUAGGAACAGUGAUUAUCCAAGUUAGUGCUACUGAUGCAGAUUACGGCAGUUUUGCAUUGAUUGAAUACAGCCUUGUGGAUGGAGAGGGAAGGUUUGGAAUAAAUCCCACAACGGGGGACAUUUACAUUCUUUCUGCACUGGAUCGGGAGAAGAAAGAUCACUAUACACUAACUGCUGUUGCUAAAGACAACCCAGAGGGUAAUCCCAGUAAACGGAGAGAAAACUCUGUGCAGGUCCUGGUAACUGUCCUAGAUGUCAAUGACUACCGACCGCAAUUCUCUAAGCGCGAGUUUAGCACCAGUGUGUAUGAGAAUGAACCUGGAGGUGCGUCUGUCAUAACGAUGACUGCUAGAGAUCUGGACGAGGGAGAAAACGCAGUACUUCAGUUCAGCGUUGAAGGGCCUGGAGCAGACGCCUUUAGAAUGGACGGAGACACAGGGCUGAUCACAACCAGUCGGCUCCUGCAGUCCCACGAGAUGUUUAAUUUGACAGUUGUGGCCACUGAUAAUGGAAGGCCGCCCCUCUGGGGCACAACUCUGCUGAAAGUUGAUGUGAUUGAUGUUAAUGAUAAUCGCCCUGUGUUUGUCAGGCCUCCCAAUGGCACUAUAUUGCACAUCAUGGAGGAAAGGGAUCCAGGUUUCAGGGUGUAUGAAGUGCUCGCAGUGGACAGUGAUGAAGGCUUAAACGGAGCCGUCCGCUAUAGCUUUUUGAAAACUGGAGUCAACAAAGACUGGGAAUAUUUUAACAUUGAUUCUCUCAGUGGAAUCAUCAACACCACGAUCAGGCUGGACAGGGAAAAGCAGCCUGUUUAUAAUCUCAUUCUCCUGGCCUAUGACCUGGGACACCCUGUCCCCUAUGAGACUACCCAGCUUCUGCAAGUGGCCCUAGAUGACAUUGACGACAAUGAACCCAGCUUUCUGAAACCACCCAGAGGACGUUUCCAGUACCAGCUGCUCUCUGUGCCCGAGCACUCCCGGCCCGGAGUGAUUGUGGGGAAUGUAACAGGGGCUGUAGAUGCUGAUGAGGGCCCCAAUGCUGUGGUGUAUUACUUUAUAGCAGCUGGUGAUCCAGACCGUAACUUCCAGCUAAACAGGAAUGGACUCCUUAAGAUACUAAAGGAUCUGGACCGGGAGAUAAAUCCAUACUAUUCAAUUACUGUCAAGGCUUCCAGCAAUCGCAACUGGAGCCCAGCCAGGAGUGCAAGACGGAACCGAGGUUUCAACCUCAGCACUGAUCUCACUCUCCAGGAAGUCCGUAUCUACCUAGAAGACAUCAAUGACCAGCCACCCCGGUUCUUGAAGCCAGAGUACACUGCUGGUGUUGCCGCUGAUGCGAAAGUAGGUUCUGAACUAAUUAAAGUGGAUGCCUACGAUGCUGACAUUGGAAACAACAGCAUUGUCUACUAUCAAAUUCUUAACAUCCGCUACAUCAAGCUGCAGUCCAACAAUUCUGAAGAAGUUGGAAAUGUCUUCAUAAUUGGGGAGAAGAGCGGCAUUGUGAGGACCUUUGACCUGUUCACAGCUUACAGCCCUGGAUACUUUGUGGUAGAAAUCAUGGUUUCAGAUCUGGCUGGUCACAAUGACACAGCGGUGAUUGGAAUUUACAUUCUGAGAGAUGACCAGCGGGUCAAGAUAGUCAUCAAUGAGAUCCCUGAGAGAGUGCGAGAGUUUGGAGAACAAUUCAUCAAAUUGCUUUCCAACAUCACUGGAGCCAUAGUAAACACCGAUGAUGUUCAGUUUCAUGUUGAUAAAAAAGGCCGGGUGAAUUUUGCACAGACGAAUGUUCUAAUCCACGUGGUCAACCGAGAGACAAAUCAAAUAUUGGACGUAGAGCGUGUAAUCCAGAUGAUAGAUGAAAACAAGGAGCAGCUAAGGAAUCUCUUCAGAAAUUAUAAUGUCCUUGAUGUUCAGCCAGCUGUUACUGUGAGACCAGCUGAUGAUAUGACAGCUUUACAAAUGGCAAUAAUUAUACUUGCAGUACUAUUGGUCCUGGCUACUUUGUUGUUUGUCUUUAUGAACUGGUAUUACAGAACAGUGCACAAAAGAAAGUUAAAAGCCAUUGUGGCAGGAUCGACUGGUAAUCAAGGAUUUAUGGAUAUUUUGGAUAUGCCAAACACCAACAAGUAUUCGUUUGAAGGGGCGAAUCCGGUCUGGCUUGACCCAUUCUGCAGAAACCUGGAGCUGGCAGCUCAGGCUGAGCAUGAAGAUGACCUGCCCGAGAACCUCAGUGAUAUCACUGAUCUAUGGAACAGCCCAGCCAGAACUCACGGUACAUUUGGACGUGAACCAGUUACAUCUAAGCCAGAGGAUGAUCGAUACUUACGUGCAGCCAUACAAGAGUACGACAGUAUCACAAAACUGGGGCAAAUCAUGAGGGAAGGGCCAAUUAAGCUAAUUCCCAGCGACAUGGACGAAGAUGAUGAGAAACCUAUGAGCCGGGGCACACUGCGACUCAAGCACAGACACCCGGUAGAGUUCAAAGGCCCUGAUGGCAUCCAUGUGGUACAUGGAAGCACAGGUACUCUCCUAGCCUCAGACCUCAACAGUUUACCAGAGGAUGACCAAAAAGUACUGGUAAGAUCCUUAGAGACCCUGAACACCGACAGUGGGAGCUACAAUGAUAGGAAUGCCAGGACUGAGUCUGCAAAGUCCACUCCGAUGCACAAGAUAAAAGAAACUAUCAUGGAUGCCCCACUGGAAAUUACAGAACUUUGACAGGAACACACUUGCCCCUAAAGUAAUCAACUGGUCUGAGCAUUCGACACACAGGUCUGGAGCUCGACAACACUACAUCGAGUGGCCUCAGUGCUGGAAACAGGGGAGCCAGUUCAAAGAAUUAACUCUUAUUAUUGAAUCAACAACCAAGAUUGGGUGGGAGGGGGUGUUGUUAAAUGAUGUAUUUGGUUUUCUAAACGAACACCACCAUACCUGCAAGACUUUGCUCCUGCACGAAUAAAACCUGAAGAAAUGAGGGAUCACUAAGAUGAAUAAAUAAUUUGUCUUUUGAUGAGAUCUAGAAAAGAAAACGUGGAGUGGAAUUCAGAAAGUAAUGCGUGCAAGUACACCCUGAAUGUAUGAAACAUGCCCUCGCCCUGUCCACAUACAGUACUUGUAGCUUAAUUUCACUGUUGGCAAUUUUCCUUGACAGAAUUUGAGACAUCUGAGAUAAUUUUUCAAGGGCAUAAGUUAAGACGUUUUGGGGUCAAUGUUCUGGAGCCAGUUCAAAACUGACAGGAAUAAUGAUUUUUUAGCAAGAUUUUGUAAUGUUUGCUGUGUUCAGUACAUUGUGGGUUUCUAUCUUGUGACCUUUUAUAGUUUGUAAAAGAGGCGCAUUUCCCAUGGUGGGUUGACACACUUUAGCAUGCUCAGUGGGUAAGUGAGGACAGUCACAUUAGUUGUGGCUGACCAAAUAAUUCAUGGUAGAUGGAGUCAAGCAGUGGUCAACAUGUCAUUACAUGAUGAGAUUAUCACCUUGUAUUAUUUUUCAAACAAAUGACCUGAUGCAAUGAGAUCAAUUGUAAGACUUCAUUUUCUGCCUUUACGAUAAACCGCAUAUUAAAUAGCAGAUAAAUAAAUUAUAGAUGCUCGUAAGACCUUAAUAGAUUUAGCAUUUUGUUUUCUUUAAAUAUAGAGAUCAUUUUGACUGUUGUAUUAUUAGAUCAAUCCCUGAUGAUAUGAGUUGGUUAUUGUGAAUUCCUAUUUCUCUGUACUUCCAGCUAUUGGAGUCCUGUAGCUC